AUGGAGACACUGACAGAGGAAGAGGAUCAGACUAAAGUUAAAAAUACCAGCGUGCCGGUGAUCUCAAUUCACCAUAAUAAUGAUGAGGACGACGAUGAUCUUUACGACACAGAUCUCGAAGACGAAAAAAACAGAGAUGUUGACAAGGAUUCGAAGAAAGAAAGAGCUGUAUCAGCGUAUGAGAAUACCGACAUUGGACACCAUACUUAUGAAGAAGCCUGCAAGAAACUGAAGGUCAUUCCUUUGAAAAGGAUCAUCAGUCAGUUAUGGACAGACACCAUGAUGUUACGCUAUAUUGGCCUCAACUUUGGACAAGCCAAAGCUUUGUCAUAUGCUUUGAUGCACAAUUCUAAAGUAGAAAAGGUUGAUUUGACAGAAAAUAGUUUAGAAGGUGAUUCGACUGGACUGUUCUUUGAAAUUCUUAAAACACAAAUCUACAUUACCUAUUUGAAUAUAAGUGAGAAUAUUGUUGAUGAAGCUGCCGCCAGUAUACUAUCAGAAAUGUUGGAAUGUAACGCCUGUUUAACACAUCUUGUCCUCUCAGGAACUAAGAUUGGAGAUAAAGAAAUCACACAUAUAAUAACAGGAAUGCAGGAAAACGAUACUUUGAUCCAUCUAGAUCUGAGUAAAAAUGAAAUAGGAAUAAGUGGUGCUCUAAGAUUCUCUAAGAUUAUCACUCCAAACAGAUCAUUGAAAUCAUUAAACUUGAGUUGGAAUCACAUCAGAGCAGCUGGAGGGGUAGCUAUUGUUAAAAGUUUACAGAAGAACAUUAGUCUAAUAGAUGUUGAUUUAUCAUGGAAUGGACUGGGAUUCGAAGGAAGUCUGGCUCUAGGUGAAGCACUGAAAGAUAAUAAGUUCCUGAGGAAGCUGAACCUCAACAACAACAGAAUCAACUGGGAUUGUGUACCGUAUAUUGGUCGGGGAUUACGUAACAAUAAAUCCCUCAACAUUUUAGAGAUUGGGUAUAAUCCGUUAUCUCUGGAAGGUUGUGCUGAUCUAUUGGAUUUUAUCUCCAAUAAAAAAUCUGGUAUACAAGUUCUCAGUUUACCGGCAGUACCUAUAAAUACUAAAAUUGCCUACCUGGCCACCAAGAUAUCUCACGAUCGAAAGUUCAUCCUUCACCAUGGUGGUAUAUUAGCAACUGGGGAUGUUAUUGGCAUACAGAGAGCCUUCAAAGUGGAUCCACUAUCUCGUCUGAUAUCGUAUCUUGGUUCUAUUGGAUUUCGGGUGGUUGAUUUAUUCAGGAUGUUUGAUUCUCAAGAUAAACUGUUCGUCUCCAGAGAGAAAUUUAUGCAAGGUUUGAAGAAGAUCAAUGCCCCUCUAGAUGAGGAUGAUGCUGAUAAUAUAGCUGAUAGAAUGGAGGUGAACGGAGAGAUCAGUUUCAAAACCUUAAUGGACUCUGUAAAGAACCACAUCCGAGAUGCCAGGAAAGAGGACAUGAGACACGAGAUGAUGGAAAAAAGAAAGAGAGAAGAAAGGAAACGGAUUCUUCAUUCUGAUGUAACAGUUAAUGCUCAGACCACUUUGGCAUUCUCUCCCGGAGCGUACAACAUGUACAGUUCAUAUAGCCGACAAGGUCGAGACACAUCCUCACAUUCACCGUUCACCAACAAUCCACACAGUGACGGACACUCUUCCUCGGGAAGCCAACACCGUGUCUUUACCCACUCAGCUUCGACUUCCAAGACUUUACCUACAGUGACAAGUCCUCGCCCAACAUUGCGAGAUCCGGAGUCUAUGAAACAUUUGUCUGCUCGUUCCCGCUUCCGACAGGCAGGAAGACGUCUGGCAUUUACCAGCGGUAAAAAGGUAACGCGACAGACUUCGAUGGAGCCUGUAGAAAAAGAGAACACAAUUAACCAGUACGCCGUCCUACCAGCCGUUAAAACAUAA